AUUUGAUAAGAAAAAAUGACUAUUGAUAACCCUCACGCAGAAACCAUUAGAAAGGCUUUAGAUCUUUUGAAAGAAUAUACCAGUAACUUGGAUGGUUGGAACCUGACACAAGAAAAGAAUGGCGUCAAAUUGUAUACCAAGUCAGAUGGUUCAGCUUUUCCUAUUGUGCGUGGUGAGACUGUUCUUACCGGUACAUCAUUUACAGCAGGUCAAGUAGCUGCAGUUGCCACCUCACCUGGUUGUCGUAAAGUGUGGGAUGAAAAGUUUGAUGUAGCCGAACUUAAACAAGUGUACAGUCCCAAUGAAAUCUUAUUCUGGUCCAAAGUCAAGACCCCAUGGCCAAUUAGUCCUCGCGACAUGGUUGGUGUCUCAUUACGUGAAAAUCCCUCGGACGACAUUGCCUAUUCGGUCAUGAGCUCUGUCAAGGAUGCUUCUUUACCCGAUGUAUCUGGCUGUGUACGUUCUCACCUCUUUAUCUCGGGUUGGAAACUCCAAAAGACAGAUGCUGGUGUUGCCAUUAGUUACAUUACUCAAAUUGAUUUAGCUGGUUCUAUCCCCGCCGCAUUCUUAAAAUCCACACAACAACAAAUCCCUCUCUGUGCAGGCUCGGUGGCGAAAUUCAUCAAGGAGAAUGGUUUCCCCCCUAUUCAACAAAAUUGUACGGCUCAGUUGGUCAAUGAAACAUUUGAUUAUGGUAAAAGAGAGCAUGUAACACAUUUUGAUGGACAAGGAAGUACUCAGUUCUUCAUCUCGAGUCAAAUGUAUCCUAAGGGUGUCAAGGUCACAUUAACGGGUAAUGGCAGUUAUGCUUUUGAGGAAGAUUAUGUUCGUGUCACGGGUAUCGAUGGUCCCACCACCAUCAGCAUCAAAAGAGCUUAAAAAAUAAAAACUAUGCAUGUGGCAUUAUAAAUGGUUCAUUAUCAUUUGUGUUUAUAAAC